GAGAGAGAGAGAGAGAGAGAAUUGUGCUGCAGCCUGCAGCACUGCUUGCAACACCGAGUGGCGGCCCGUCUGCUCUCCCUUCCCAAAACGGCAGCCUAUAAAUGCGGACGGGCGGACGGAAGCACCGCCUAUCGCCUCUCCAACGCAACGCCCCCCUCCCAAUUUCUCUACCACCAUUCUUUCUCUCUCUCUCUCUCUCUCUCUCUCUCUCUCUCUCUCUCUCUCUCUCAUCAUAUCUUAAUCGUCCCACGUGUCUAUCUCCUCGUCGUUCGGGGAUUCGUCUUAUUCGCUUUCUACUUUCGGCCCAACUUCGGUCGAUAUCGGAGGAUCAUAGAUAAUAUUUAUAUAUAUAUAUAUUUCUUUUUCCUAGCGUCUCAGUUGAUCUGAGAGAGAGAGAGAGAGAGAGAAGAGGAAGAAUCAAAAUCUUGAGGUUGCGGGGUUCACAAUAUUGGAAGUCAAGAUGGUUAAUUUUGGAAAGAAGUUGAUGUCUGAUCAAGUUGAAGAAUGGAAAGGCUACUAUAUUAACUACAAGUUGAUGAAGAAAAGAGUAAAGCAAUAUGCCCAACAAAUUCAACAAGGUGGAAAAAAUCGCCGACAGAUUCUCAAAGACUUCUCGAGGAUGCUUGAUGACCAGAUCGAAAAGAUUGUUCUUUUUCUUUUGGAACAACAAGGGCUUUUAGCGAGCAGGAUAGAGAAAUUAGGGAAGCAGCGUGCAAUUCUAUUCGAGCAGCCAGAUAUAUCUCGGAUAUCCGAACUACGAGAGGCCUAUAGAGCAGUUGGGCAGGAUCUUGUAAAGCUUCUUAGAUUUGUCGAUUUGAAUGCCACUGGUAUUCGAAAGAUUUUGAAGAAGUUUGAUAAGCGCUUUGGCUAUAGAUUUACAGACUACUAUUUGACCAGUAGAUCAAAUCAUCCAUAUUCUCAAUUGCAACAAGUCUUCAAACAAGUGGGUUUAGGAGCUGUUGUAGGAGCCUUGUCACGCAACCUUGCAGAUCUCCAAGAGUGUCAAGGAAGCUACUUAUCCAUUUAUGAUCAACCAUCUGCUACGCCAAAGGACCCUAUUAUUGAUGUAAUAAAUGCAUCAGUAGAUAAGCUAACACGGUCAACAAACUUUCUUCGCUUUUUGGGACAACAUGCCCUUAUUACCCAAGAAGAGGUUCCAAGUGCAGAUGAAGAACAAAUAGAGGAGCAGAGAUACAGUUUUAUUUCUCUUCUUUUAAAUUUGGUGAACACAUUCCUUUAUAUGGUCAACACAUACAUCAUCGUUCCAACUGCUGAUGACUACUCAGUGAGCCUUGGGGCUCCUGCCACAGUUUGCGGUGUGAUUAUUGGGUCAAUGGCUGUUGCACAAAUUUUCUCUUCAGUUUACUUUAGUGCAUGGUCAAAUAAGUCAUACUUCAGACCACUUGUCUUUAGCAGUAUAGUGCUUUUCUUGGGGAACGUUUUAUAUGCGUUGGCUUAUGAUAUGAACUCCAUAGUGAUUCUCCUUAUUGGCCGUCUACUGUGUGGGAUGGGUUCUGCUAGGGCAGUCAACCGUAGAUACAUCAGUGACUGCGUGCCUUCUAAAAUCCGCAUGCAGGCUUCUGCAGGGUUUGUUAGUGCAAGUGCACUUGGCAUGGCUUGUGGUCCUGCGCUAGCUGGUUUGCUUCAAUCUAACUUCAAGCUGUAUGCUUUUACUUUCAAUGAGGACACUUUACCUGGUUGGGUGAUGGCAUUUGCUUGGCUUGCAUACUUAAUUUGGUUGUGGAUUUCAUUCAAAGAGCCAGUACGAGAUACCGAAGUGAACAUUCCAGAGGGUUCUGGCUCUGGCUCUGGACAUGUUGUAACUGAUGAACUAGAAAAUGGACUUGCACAACCUUUGCUCUUAAGCUCUGAAGACAAACAAAAUGAAGAUGAUGACCAUGAUAUUGAUGAAAGUGAAGAAGCCUCAGAAGAUUCUCGGAAACCUGCAACUUCACUUAGAUCAGCCUAUAGAUUGCUUACACCAUCAGUAAAGGUCCAGUUAUUGAUAUACUUCAUGCUUAAAUAUGCAAUGGAGAUUUUACUUUCUGAAUCAAGUGUCAUCACCGGUCAUUACUUUCGUUGGACUACAAGCUCAGUGGCAAUAUUUCUAGCAGUCCUUGGGUUAACAGUUCUUCCUGUUAAUGCUGUUGUUGGGACCUAUAUAAGCAACAUGUUUGAAGAUAGGCAAAUCUUGCUAGCAUCAGAGAUUAUGGUUCUUGUAGGCAUUAUCUUCAGCUUCCAUGUCACAAGUUCGUAUACAGUUCCACAAUAUGUGACAUCAGCACUCAUCACAUUUGUAUCAGCUGAAGUUCUAGAAGGUGUCAAUCUCUCCCUUCUCUCCAAUGUUAUGUCAUCGCGCCUUGCACGCGGAACCUACAACGGCGGGCUUCUGUCGACGGAAGCUGGAACCUUUGCUCGAGUGGUAGCAGACGGCACGAUCACCCUGGCUGGUUAUUUGGGUGAAGACAAGCUCCUCAACGUCACCUUGCUCCCGUCCUUGGUCAUCUGUGUGGCCUCAAUUGUCGCCACAGUCUGUACAUACAACUCUCUUUUCUAAUGAAAGGCAGCUUAGCUUAGCUUAGCUUAGCUUAGCUUUGUGCUCUCUGAAUAAGAUCGAUUUGAUUCAUUCAUGUCCAAUAGAAGUUUGAAAUAUUUUUUUGUGAUGCCCUCGCGGAAGCUCUUGAUUGUGUUCAAUUACAAAAACUUGUAAUUGAUUGACGUUUUGUUCCAUUAAGUUUUGAAGUAUCUGCAAUUAUUUUACCGAAGGACUCUGGAUGUUGGGGUUGUUCUUUUGGAUCGGCGGCACCUUUUGAUCAGUCUGUGGUCCCGUUGCUUUAGAAGUUUGGAAUUCUAAUAAAUGGCUCUUGUCUAUGGGUUUAA